AGCAUUUUGAUUGGUUGAUUUUAGUUAUCGGCCCUCUGACUGCCCGAGUUGUGUAAUAAUGCAAUAAAUUCAAUAAUAACGUUUUCACAUUUCAGUGAAAGCACUCUGGAAACAUCUUCAACUGAUCUUCCCAUUCCAUCAAGAUGGGCCCAUCGGGUGGCUCCUGAGAAGAAAGCCCCUAAAGAAGCACCAUCCCAAGCACCCUCUAGACCAGGCGCUAUAAAAUUCACAGACAACUUGACACAACAUCACCUGCGUCCUGUUCCUCCUCCUGAGGAAGAUAUCUUGUAUCAAUGGAGACUGGCAAGAAAAAUGGAAAGAGCUCAAGAACAAGUGAAAAAACGGGGCCCUGCAAGAAGCACUUUUUUGUUAGGACCCUUCCAACCCAGAUUUGUUGGCAGUCGAGCAGAGGAGCCUCAAGGUGUGUCUGGUGAGGUGAGAAUACUUGAACCUACUUCAGCCCUAGGUCAGUCUCAGAGGGAUUUUCUCAAUCCACAAUCAGGAUUAGAAGUAUCAGAUCCUCCUUUGAGCGGGAUGCAAACAAAGCUUGCAACACCCUCAACACUUUCAGCUGACCAAGAAGCAAGAUCCACAAGGUUGAUACCACCUCAUCCCAGCACCACGCUUCUACCUGGAGCACCUGUGGCGAGUGCAGGUGCUGCACAGUGUUCUCAGCCUGUUACAGCAACUGCAAAUGAAGCUCAAGGAUCAGAACCAAGAAUGGGUGUGCCAUCUUCUGAACCAAUCACAAGACAAGAAAUUUUGGGGCCAGGGCAGUCUAGGCUUGUCCAAGAACAGGAGCAAUUUGAACUUGCAGAUGUACCCUCUCACGUGCAUCUUUCAUGUGAUAUCUUGCCAUGUCCUCAUCAAAAGGCUCUAAUUGAAAAAGGAAGGUCAGAUCCAGCAGUGAAACUCCCAUUGAGUUUCCCAGUAGUGGAGUUAAUGCAGGGAGAACUUGACUCACCAGAAAGAGAUCUCAACAGAGUUUACAAACCAAGUAGAAAAACACUGAGAGAAUCUCACAAAAAGCACCAGUUAAGGGGAAAAGAUGCAACUGACGACAAACAGAAGGGUCAAAUGAAGUCACCCCAAGCUGAACAAGAUGGGCAGAGAAAAAGGGCACAUCAAAAACAGAAACCAAAAAGGGAAGCCUCGCAGGAGGCUGGAGCCACUCAUGUGUUGAAUGGUGUUAUUGGAGAGGUUGUCUCAGAGAGACUCUUUGCCACUCCACAGUCUUCCUCAAGCAGUUUGAGUACAAGUGAUGAAAGCUUGCAGCAAGGAGAUUAUCACGAACUAUGCCACAAGGUCACUGAGGAAAAUUCCAAUCCUGAUAGCAACUCAGAUGAUAAUGAAUUCCCUGAUGAUGAAGUGUUGAAGAUCUUGCUUCAAAGACAGAGAGAGUAUAGAGACCAGCUUAGAGAAAUAGACAACAUCUUAAGAUAACAAUCUGGUGAUCAACCAUCAGCUCGUACAACAGAGCAAGACUGAGAUGAAAUUUUUAAAGUCUCAUGUUGUAAUAUGCUCUUUUCAAAGAGAAAUAGACAACAUCUUAAGACAACAAUCUGGUGAUCAACCAUCAGCUUGUACAACAGACGAAGACUGAGAUGAAAUUUAAAAGUCUCAUAUAUUGUAAUUUGCUCUUUUCAGAGAGAAAUAGACAACAUCUUAAGACAACAAUCUGGUGGUCAACCACCAGCUUGUACAACAAAGGAAGACUGAGAUGAUAUACAUUCUGUGAUAACUGCGUUAAAAGUAUUAAUAUUGAUCAAAUAAAAGUCUUUAGUUUGUUCACUGUAAAUAAAUAAUUUUCUGUAUGA